UUUCAAGGCUACCAAAUAUACAGUGAUGAACUCAGCCAUUGGUGUUGGAAAAACAAAGGACGGCCAAUUCCGUUGUGAAUUAUGCCACAAGAAAUUUAAAAGAAGAGAUGGUUUGGCAGAGCAUGUUCAAUAUAAACAUGGUAAUGGAUCCAUUCAGCCAAAUUGCUACGUUUGUUAUAUUGAAAAGGAUAAGCCAUUUGAGUGUAAAAUCUGCUUAAAGAGUUUCCGCCUGAAACAUCACUUAACUGAACAUACUAGGAUUCAUACUGGAGAGAAACCCUAUAAAUGUGACAUGUGUGAUUUUAGUGCAAUGAGGGGAUACCAGUUAAAGUCACAUAAAAAAUCACACCAUUUUUGAUGUGUGUGCUUUAAGUGCAAUAAGAUCUUACCAGUUAAGGUCACACAAAAGCACACCAUUUUUGAAUAGUAGAAUGGAAUUUGAAGAUGUCAUUUAUUUAGUUAUCUAUGAUCAAUUACAAAAAUAGGAUCUUCACUGGACAGAGAACGUAAUAAACAAUGAUGUGUAAAUAUAAAUUGAACCAGAUAAAAACAAAAUUUUUCUAUAUAGAAUAAUGAAAUUUGAAGAUGCCUUUGAGCUGUGUUUGAUCAACUAUUAAAGUAGGAUCCUUACUGGAGAAAGAACUUAGCAAUAUUAUAUGUGUAAUAAAUACAGGCUAAACCAGUUAAAAAUACCUAAAUACUGGUACCAAACCAUUUUUUAAUAAAAUAAUGGAAUUUGAAGAUGUGAUUGAGUAAUGUUUGAUCAACUAUUUUAUAGGAUCCUUACCGGAGAAAGACCUAUGUCAGUGUUGUGCAAUGUCAUACAAGACACAUUAGAAUUCAAAAAAGUACAUUUGAGAAGUUUUAAUUUACUAUAGAUUCUUAUAGUUUAUUAUUGAUGCUUCUUAUAGCUUAAGAUCUAAAUAUUUAUCAUCAUUCUGUCCCCCAGC